CCCCAAGAAAAUGAAGACCAGAAUGAGGUCUUCAUCCUGAGGAGAUGGCAGGACCAGAGAGAAGCAGUGGAAGCUAUUUUCUAGUAAGACAGCCAGUAUCUUUGGGGGAGUAGGAUGACUAUAGGAAGGCAGGUGUGGAGGAGGGGGGACUAGGAUCGGUCUUGAAAACAGAAGGGCUGGGCCUCUCUGGGUCACCUGCGGCAGGUGAAGGUAGACCGCAGGGUAAUAGGCCGGUCUUCUGGCCUCCACGGUGUUUUUCUUUUUGAUGAUAGGUACUCUUUCUGAGAGGUGUGCCUUCCAGUUUUCAUUUUCAGACACAGAUCCCUUUAGGGAGUGAGUCAGACCGGGCCAUCCUUGGAAUCACCUGGAGGAUUUCGGGAUUGUGUGUGGAUUGGGGUGACAAGAAAACAGGAGCACCAAUCCGUAAGGAAUAGCUGUGGCACCACCAUCCUUGCUGAGAGACAGCUUUGUGGAGGAGUUGAAAGCACAGGCUUAGGGCGUCAGGCUGCGUGGAUUCCAAACCUGCCUUUAAUCCUUUAGAACUUUCUUGGAACGUUGGUCAAGUUACCUAAUUUCUCUGAACCUCAGUUUCUUAAUUUAUAAAAUGGGGACAAUAAUAAGCUUUGAGAUGGUUGCAAGGAUUAAAUGAGUGUUUGGCAUGAUUUCUGGCCCAUAAUAAGCACUCAAUAAAUAUUAGUUGUUAGCUGUUCUCUCUUGCCAUGCUCUCCCCUCAUCUCUCCAUUCUUGUUCUUUUCCUGUUUUAUUCUUUCAUCUGAAUCUUUAGUUCUGACAUGCCACUUAGAUGUGAAGGCUGAGAAAAAUUGAUUGCACCUUCGGGAGGGGAGGCUGUCCUUCCACUGGCCCAGGUGAACACAUGAUGGUCAGAUGAUCAAUUGUCUCUUCGUCUCUCUCCAACCCACAAAUGUGUUUUUGUUCCAGAGAAGACACAGGAUCUGUUCUUUGAGUCCCCUUUCCUAUAUCCCUUUGUCACAUGAGUUACUUCAGUCUCGCCCCAAAGCUGUCCAGGCACUGCUGCAAGUGAGAUAGGGGCAGGGGUGUUCCAGGAAGAAAAGUAUACACGUUGCACAGGGAAGCUCAGCAAAGGGAGGGCUGUGGAAGUUUCACGGUAAUUUAUGUUCAUUCCAUUGCUCUGUCCUCUGCGGGAACUGUCCAAAACAGUCCAGCCUCUGGAUCCUGGCCAGUGGUCUCCAUUCCUAGUUAAAGAUGGUCAGUGCUCGCUUUGGCAGCACAUAGGCCAAGUUAAAGAUGGUCAUAUACAGUUUUUUUUUUUAAUUAUUUAGGUUUUUCCAUGCCAGUAUUUGAUUCUAGUUCCCUUUCCCCAGCCGUACAGAUAGCCAAGCUGUCUGUCUCAUCACAGGCCACCUUUACCCAGAGAAUUUCUACGAAUGCACCCGGGCACAUGUGUACAGAUGCACGCAUUUGCCUGCUUUAGGAUACUCCAGUAUGCAAAAAUUUAAUAAGGUUAAGGAUGAGUCUGCAUUUUACCACAGCACUUUGCAUGCAGGGCCCUGAUUAGACAUUCAAGAGGAGGCUCAAAAGGAGAAAACAUAAUCCCUGAAUAUAGAGAAAUGUCCUCCUGAGUAGGGAGACAAGCGGUCCUGUGGGAAGCACCCAGCAGCAUCCACAGAGUAGUGUGUCAGCAGUGCCAAGUAGUGCAGCAUUUAUCCUGGGGACACAAGGAGGUAGGAGUAUGUGUAUGUGUGGAGGAUAAUCAUAAAGGUAGUCUGAAGGGGGGGAAUAUUGACUCAUCUUGAGCAAAGUGAGAGACAAAGUGGAAUAAGAGAAACACAUGGCAUAACCUAACAAUUGCUGUGCAGAGAGGAGGGAAGCCAUUUAAUCAGGCUGAGCCAAGAAGAGCGGCUCACCUAAUAUUGAGACUGUUAGGUGAGAUUCUGUAAGGCGAGCAAUAGGGAGUUCUCAAGGAAGGGUUGGAUCCUUGCUGAUUUAAGCACAUGGGUGGUGGGGAAUAUGCGAGAGUGAAAGAACAGACCUGCUUCCUGCCGCAAGGACUAUGCUGAAGGGGUAGAUUAGAGCCAGUCCUGGCGCAGACCAUGGUGGACCCGGGGCCUGAUAAUUCCCCUUAGGUUUCUCAUCGGAGAAAGGGACUGCCGUGGGUGGUUGCCAGAGUCCCCUCCAGCUCUGACAUUCUGUGUUCCCUGAAUAACUCCUAGGCCUUACCAAGGGCUGUGUUUUUGUGGGACCUGCGAGACCAUUAAGUCAACAAAUAUUAACACCUUCUCUGUUGCAGUUGGGGGCAGUGAGGAAAAUACACCGGGGAUAGGACAGCAGCGUGAGCCAAAACAGGCAAGAUCCCCACCGCUUAAAGUUUAAGGUCUAGUGGAGGCGGCAGGUAAUUCAUUGAUUCCACUCACAUUUUAACAUUUUUUUUUGUCAAGAUACAUCUUAAAAUCAGUGGAGUAUCAUAGUUUAAGUGGGAGCAUUUGUUUUUUAUUAGUGGCCACAUAAAAUAACAGGACCGUCAACAUUGUGCAAGUAACUAAAAUUCCAGUGGGUAAUUGCUGGAGGGGAGGGUGCAUGGUACAGCCUAGACCACUGCAUUGGGAGAAAGCCUUUGCUGAAGAGGCGAUGACUGGUAGACGUGAGACCUGUAGGCUAGGUGUGUGGCGUUGGCAGGAAGUGGUGCCAGGCACAGAUGCAUGCCUGAUGUCGGGGAACCGAGAGGAGGUGAGCGUGGCUGGAGCACAGACCCAGAAACUCAGCAGGGAUGAGGCUGGCUAAUCUGUUGGGAAGCAAAUUUCCCACAGCCUUCCAGGUCUUGGGGAGGAGUUUUGGUCUCUACCCUAAGAGCAGUGGGAGCCAUCGAAGAAUUUUAAGCGCGGAGUAAUGUGGUCUGAGGUGCAUUUUGAUGAGCUUGUGGAUGAGGGGAGACUACCACAGAAGGUCAGAUGAAAACAAGAGGGGUGGGGGGAUGGCGGAGGAAAUGGAGAGAAGUGGACAGAUUCAAGAAAUGUGUACGCGGUACAAUUAGUAGGACUCGGUGACAUAUUGACAGGGAAGAGGGAGGUGUGGAGAAUGACUCAAGGGUUUCUAUCUUAGACAGCCGUAUGGACGGUGGUGCCAGUCUCAGGCAACUCUGGAGCCUGGCAGGACCCAAACAAAGGUGGUUAUGUAGCAUUUGGGAGGUCAGAGAGGAUCCUGAGGCAGCUUGAGGUGGAUAAGUGUGGCCCAGAGAAUCGGGUUUCCUCCCAUAUUGAUGAAUUUCUGACUUCCCAUGCCGCAGACAGACUUGGGGCAGGAGCAGGUCUGAAUACGGGGCCAGAGUAGUUGAACACUGAGAAAGGUGAUUCAAGGUGGAAUAAUGUGGCUUCUCCACUUCUCUCCUUAGAAGAUGGGUGGGAAAAGAGGAAGGACAGAUAUUACUAGAGGUAGAGAUUAGAAAGCAUCUUCACAUGCUGAGCCUUCUCAGCACAGGGGUCAUUGGGGAAGUAGGGAAAUUGGGCAACUCCUCUUUAGCCACCUACCACCUUUCCCUAGAACUCCCUAACACCCCGUAACCUGCAUGCAAAAAGGAGGAAAGGCAGGGCUUUUUAGCUACAUCUCCAAGCCUUAGUUCACUUGAAAAGUAUUUGGUUUUUUUUUGAAUGGGUAAUAUAGUCACGUGGAUGCAUAUUCAAAGGUUACAAAAGGGCAUACGUACAGUGUGAAGUCUCCUCACCUCAGCCCCCCUGCUGCUGGUUUCUGUCUUGUAUGUCAUCUUUUCUCCAGUUUUCAUACAAAUGAUCCCACUUUGCUGUACUUUGCAUUUUUUCCACUCGUUAAUGUAUCUUAGAGAUUGCUCCUAUCAAGACAAGCUUCUUCAUUUUUUGACUGCAUAGUAUUCCAUUUUCUAUUUGUGUGUAAUUUUCAUAGUUACUUAGUGAUGGAUAUUUAGGCUGAUUCCAGUCUUCUGUUUUAACGUAUGAUGCUGGAAUGGAAACGUAUACACAUCAUUUGGACCAUGUGGGGCUAUAUCUAUAGGGUGAAAUUUUAGAAUUAUGAGUGUUUGUUCCUCCAUUUGUUCCUUCUUGCAUUCAUUCAAUAUUUAUUGAGUACCCAUUAUGUGCCAGACACCGUGGCAGGUACUAGGAGUCCAACUUUCAACAAGUCAUACACGAUCCUUGUCCUCAUGAAACGUUAUGACAUGUUAGUAAGGGGAAGUGUAAUAAUUACGAAAACUGUAUACACCAGGAAACUAAGAAGGGAAUUAGAGAAUAAAUUCACCAGUCAGGAAGGCUUGGUGGAGCGAGCGGUAUUGAAGCCAACAGCUGAGGAAUGGGAUGUGGCAGCCAGUAGGCGGAGGACCCCGAGAUCUAGGCUGUUCAUAGUCUCCGCCUCAGGGAGAGGAGUUCGCGAUCUGUAGGGGCGGGGCAGUAGAGCUGUAGAGGAGGGGAUGAUGGGGAGUGGGAGGUGUCAAAGAGUGAGCAAGUGAGUUGUGGGGAGCCCUCCCCACAGUGAAGAGAGAGCAAGGCUAGUGCUUAAGCAGGCUUGGUGACUAGGUUUAGAGAGCUUUGGGGUUGAAUCUAACUGGGUGAAUUCAGGUAGGGGGAUGGGACAAGAGGUCUGCUUUGGGAAUGGGAGACCUCUGUUGAAGGUUUGAGGGAAGUACAGCCUUGCCCACAGAUGGCAGAAUGGAUGAAAAGCCUCAGCAAGAGCCAGACUGUGCCUGUGGUACAGCCGCCUCCAUCUUUUCUGUGGCUUUGGCGAGAUAAAGACAACACCGAAGGGGCACGGCUGGCUGGCUCUUGGCUGGUGGAAGAGAGCAGACCUAGCCAGGGCUCACUCGGAGCUGGGCAUGGGCAGGAAACUGGGCCAGGAGACCCUUCCUCUGAACUUUGUGCUCCUUUUUCAUCCUCACCGCUCUGCUUCCCUUCUGCAAAAGCCCAUCUCUUUGCCCGUCCUGGGUCCUAUGACUUUUCUCUCCCUCAACAGUCGGUUCCCGAUUCUGGUCCCCGGCCCCCAGCAGCGCCUGCCCCCUUCCCACCGGGGCCCCCCAUGAUGCCACCACCCUUCAUGCCCCCUCCAGGAAUCCCCCCACCCUUUCCUCCGAUGGGACUGCCCCCCAUGACUCAGAGACCACCAGCCAUCCCCCCGAUGCCCCCCGGCAUCAUGCCCCCAAUGCUUCCACCAAUGGGGGCACCACCGCCACUCACGCAGAUACCAGGAAUGGUACCUCCCAUGAUGCCAGGAAUGCUGAUGCCAGCGGUGCCUGUCACCGCAGCGACGGCUCCGGGUGCGGACACAGCCAGCUCUGCUGUGGCUGGGACAGGCCCUCCGAGGGCCCUGUGGAGUGAGCAUGUGGCCCCUGACGGGCGCAUCUACUACUACAAUGCUGACGACAAGCAGUCCGUGUGGGAGAAGCCCAGCGUGCUCAAGUCCAAGGCAGAGUUGCUGCUGUCCCAGUGUCCCUGGAAAGAGUACAAGUCAGACACGGGCAAACCUUACUACUAUAACAACCAGAGUAAGGAGUCUCGCUGGACCCGGCCCAAGGACCUGGAUGACCUGGAGGCUUUAGUCAAACAAGAGGCUGCAGGGAAACAGCAGCAGCAGCAGCAGCCCCAGAUACUGCAGCCGCAGCCACCUCAGCCCCAGCCUGAGCCCCCGCCUGGGCCGCCUGGCCCCACCCCUCUGCCCCUGGGCCUUCUAGAGCCUGAGCCAGGUGGGAGUGAAGAUUGCGAUAUGUCAGAGGCUGCCCAGCCUGUGGAGCAGGGGUUUCUGCAGCAGCCGGAGGAGGGCCCCAGCAGUGCUGCUGGACAGCAUCAGCCACCACAGCAGGAGGAAGAGGAAUCAAAGCCAGAACCAGAGAGGUCUGGCCUCAGUUGGAGCAACCGGGAGAAGGCAAAGCAGGCCUUCAAGGAGCUGCUGAGGGACAAGGCUGUCCCCUCCAAUGCCUCGUGGGAACAGGCAAUGAAGAUGGUGGUCACCGACCCCCGUUACAGUGCCUUGCCCAAACUGAGUGAGAAAAAGCAGGCAUUCAAUGCCUACAAGGCGCAGCGGGAGAAGGAGGAGAAGGAAGAGGCCCGGCUAAGGGCCAAGGAGGCCAAGCAGACCUUGCAGCAUUUCCUGGAGCAGCACGAACGCAUGACCUCCACCACCCGCUACCGGCGAGCAGAACAGACCUUUGGGGAGCUGGAGGUGUGGGCUGUGGUCCCUGAGAGGGAUCGAAAAGAGGUUUAUGAUGAUGUCCUCUUCUUCCUGGCCAAGAAGGAGAAGGAACAAGCCAAGCAGCUCCGGCGCCGCAACAUCCAGGCCCUGAAGAGCAUCCUGGAUGGGAUGAGUAGUGUCAACUUCCAAACUACAUGGUCCCAGGCCCAGCAGUACCUCAUGGAUAACCCCAGCUUUGCUCAGGACCACCAGCUACAGAACAUGGACAAAGAAGAUGCACUGAUCUGCUUUGAGGAGCACAUCCGAGCUUUGGAGAGGGAGGAGGAGGAGGAGCGGGAGCGGGCCCGCCUUCGGGAGCGGCGUCAGCAACGCAAGAACCGGGAGGCCUUCCAGACCUUCCUGGACGAGCUGCACGAGACAGGGCAGCUGCACUCUAUGUCCACCUGGAUGGAGCUGUACCCAGCGGUCAGCACCGAUGUCCGCUUUGCCAACAUGCUGGGCCAGCCGGGCUCCACCCCUCUGGACUUGUUCAAGUUCUAUGUGGAAGAGUUGAAGGCACGAUUCCAUGAUGAGAAGAAGAUCAUUAAGGACAUCCUUAAGGACCGGGGCUUCUGCGUGGAGGUGAACACAGCCUUUGAGGACUUCGCCCACGUCAUAAGCUUUGACAAGAGGGCUGCUGCGCUGGACGCAGGCAACAUCAAGCUGACCUUCAAUAGUCUGCUGGAGAAAGCAGAGGCGCGGGAGAGAGAGCGGGAGAAGGAGGAGGCGCGAAGGAUGCGGCGCCGGGAGGCUGCCUUCCGGAGCAUGCUGAGGCAGGCCGUGCCGGCCCUGGAGCUGGGCACUGCCUGGGAAGAGGUCCGUGAGCGCUUUGUGUGCGACUCAGCCUUUGAGCAGAUCACCCUGGAGUCGGAGCGGAUCCGGCUCUUCCGGGAGUUCCUGCAGGUACUGGAGACUGAAUGCCAGCACCUCCACACCAAAGGCCGGAAGCACGGCAGAAAGGGCAAGAAGCACCAUCGGAAGCGUUCCCGCUCGCCCUCAGGCUCCGAGUCGGAAGAGGAGGAGCUGCCCCCGCCGUCUCUCCGACCCCCCAAGCGGAGAAGGCGGAACCCCUCGGAGUCAGGCUCUGAGCCCUCGUCCUCACUUGAUUCGGUUGAAAGUGGGGGUGCUGCCCUUGGAGGACGGGGCUCCCCGUCUUCUCGCCUCCUCCUUGGAUCAGAUCACGGCCUUCGGAAAGCCAAGAAACCAAAAAAGAAAACUAAGAAGAGAAGACACAAGUCGAACAGUCCUGAGAGCGAGACAGACCCCGAGGAGAAGGCUGGCAAGGAGAGUGAUGAGAAAGAACCCGAACAGGACAAGGACAGGGAGCUCCGGCGGGCGGAAGUCCCUAACCGUUCCCCAGGUUUUGGGAUCAAGAAGGAGAAGACGGGCUGGGACACGUCAGAGAGCGAGCUGAGCGAGGGCGAGCUGGAAAGGCGGCGGCGGACGCUCCUGCAGCAGCUGGAUGACCACCAGUGACCCGACGAGCUGCUCUGCCUCGGGUCUGUGUGGGGCCAUGGGGCCUAGGUCACCCUCGCCACCUGCGCUAGACUCCUUUCUCGGUCUGGUCCGUGCCCACCUGUCCUCAAGUAACCCCACCCUGACACACCGCCGCCGGCACCUCCCAAGGUUGCUCGUGGUGUUCAAGGGCCCCCUGCUUCCCAGGCAACUAGUGUAGUCCCUGCCCUCACCCCGGACCGGAGAUCGGAGAUUGGUAUGCCACAUGGAGGGGUGGUGCCACUAGGAAAGACGCGAGAAGGGGCCUCGAGGGGAGAACGACAGGCUGGUGACAGGCGGGGUCCUUAGCCUCUAGCGUCAGUGCCUGCUCCUGCCUGCCUGGGGCCUUGGGCCCCACCACUCCUUCUUUCAGCCCCAAGACCCCGUGUAUCCGUGUUUUGUUUUGUUUUGGUUUUGUUUUUUAAAUAAUAUUUAUAAUAUGGCCAGUG